GCCGGCGGAACCCGGCUUCAGCUCCGCCUCGGGGCCCGGGGGGACGCUUUGACGGUGACAGCUGGCAUUUUAGCGCGGUGUCCCGCUCGGUGGCGCUCGCCCUCCUGGCGAGUGCGGGGCGCCCUUAAUUCCGUCUAAACAGUCCCGAAGGGAAUUGCCAGAGUCUGCAUUCGUCAGGAUGGGAGAUAAACGAACAACAUCGGGUCAGACAGUGAGAAUUCCACCAUUGAGAAACAGCGCAAGGAGCUGCAGCUGCUCAUCGGAGAACUGAAAGACCGGGAUAAAGAGCUCAACGACAUGGUGGCGGUGCAUCAGAGGCAGCUGCUGUCUUGGGAGGAGGACCGGCAGAAAGUGCUGACGCUGGAGGAGCGCUGCAGCAAGCUGGAAGGUGAACUGCAUAAGAGAACCGAAAUAAUCAGGUCACUCAUGAAGAAGGUCAAAGUCCUGGAGUCCAACCAGAUGGAAUGUCAGACUGCUCUUCAGAAGACUCAGCUGCAGCUUCAGGAGAUGGCUCAGAAGGCAACGCACUCUUCCCUCCUCUCUGAAGACCUUGAGGCUAGGAACGAGAACCUCAGCAACACGUUAGUGGAACUUUCUGCUCAGGUGGGACAAUUACAAGCUAGAGAACAGGCUCUCACUACAAUGAUAAAGCUCAAGGACAAAGAUAUUAUUGAGGCAGUCAAUCACAUUGCGGAUUGUUCGGGUAAAUUUAAAUUGUUAGAGCAUGCUUUGCGUGACGCUAAGAUGGUGGAGAGCUCUAUCGUGAAAGAAAAGCAAGAUUACAAGCAGAAGCUGAAGGCACUCAAGAUUGAAGUCAGUAAACUAAAAGAGGACCUGAAUGAAAAGACGACAGAAAACAAUGACCAGAGGGAAGAGAUCAUCCGCCUCAAGCAGGAGAAGAGCUGUCUGCAUGAUGAAUUGGUCUUCACCGUAGAAAGAGAGAAGAGGAAAGAUGAGUUACUGGACAUUGCCAAGUCAAAGCAAGAGCGUACAAACUCGGAGCUCCACAACCUGAGACAGAUUUAUGUAAAACAACAGAGUGAUCUGCAGUUUCUUAAUUUCAAUGUGGAAAAUUCUCAGCAAUUUAUACAGAUAUAUGACUCAAAGAUGGAAGAAUCAAAGACCCUGGAAUCCAGCGGAGACAUGUGUUUAUCAGACCUUGAAAACAGCCAUCCAAAAGUUGGCAUUAAGGGAGAGAAGUCACCGCUUAAGGACAACUUCGAGGCCUUGCUGGCUCAGCACAAUCGGUCAGAGAAGAGCCCUUGCGAUGUUUGCAAAGAGAAGAGACUACAGAUCAGUACCGCGCUCGGGGAAAAAAGUGUAAUUACUCUCUCGUCUCUGUUCACCAAAGACUUCACGGAGAAACAGAAGUCUUGGCCUCUGGGUGGGAAAAUCUCGAUUGAACCUGAAAGCAAAAUUGCAUCGUGCACGGCCCACGCAAAAUCCCCGAAGGAUAACGGAGCCGCGUUCCAGCGCGCAGAGGCCGAGCCCUCGGCAGCGUGCGCGCCGCCGGCAGAGAAGCCCUGGCGCGCAGGCGACGUCUGCCCGGGCCUGGCCGGCGCCUUCGCCCACAGACAAGCGGAAAAGCGGGACGGGGACGCUCGCGAGCCCCUGGCAAGGCCUGACAUCCGGUGCUGCCUGAAAAGCGAAGGCUGCCCGGAGGACAGUGACGUGUGUGACCCCGCGUGCUGCCACCCGAGUAACCUGGUUGUCGAGGCCCCCGGCCACAUGUCGGAUGCGGAGUGGAUAAACAUUUUCAAGCCUUCCAAAACGCAAAGACUCGUUCUCCAGAAAACUGUAUGCACGUGUUCCGGGAGCGUCGGCGGAGGAGACUGUAACUCCUUGGCGAGUGAGCUGACUGCCAUCCAACGGUCCCAUUGUUUGGCAAAGUGCACAGCGAGGGAAGAUGAGACAGAGGCCUCUCCUGAUGAAAAGAGCUCACCCACAAGUUUGUUAAUCAACAAAGAUGCAGCACUGGCCAGCGAAAAGGACGACUUCUCACCCACGAGCAAGCUGCAGCGGCUGCUGGCCGAGUCCCGGCAGAUGGUCACCAACCUGGAGCUGAGCACGCUGCUGCCCCUCGGCGGCCAGGACCGCGGCAGCGGCACCAGAAGCAACUUAGAAAUCUCAGAAGAGUCAGCUCCGAAGAACACCUUGGUCAGACCCUGAAGAAAACAAAGUCCAGUCCAGUGUUCACAGAAGUCCGGGAGACUGGUGCCCGCAGCGAGGUGGACGCAGCGUGAGGCCUGUGCGCCUUCCCGGCGGCAUCUGACGCCGAGGGCCGAGGGGGCUGCUGCCCGGCCUGGAGACCCCCAACUGCGGCAUCGGCCGCCCUCGCCGGGAGCCCUGCGCCCUGCUGCGCCCUGUUGUGCCCAGCCGCGGCCGCGGCCUCGGGGCUUUGGGCCUUGUCCGCCCUGCUCUCGGGGACAGGCUCCGGGAGAUCGAGCUUCGUAUGGGUUUUUAUAUUAAAGAACAAAACACCUCCAUUUUAACUUGUAAUUUAAUUUUUUUAAAGAAAAUGCCUCUGUGUCCCUUCUAAGAGAGCUGAUCAGUUUCAGUCAAUAAAAACUAUUUUUAAUAGUAAA